UGGUUAUGGGUCAAAUAGCUUCAGUUCGAUAUUUAACUUUGUGCGAAUCAAAAUGAACACAUUAUUUGUUUGUCUCCUUGCCUCAGUCCUUGUGGUAUACGGCAGUGAAGAUAAUCUUCAGGAGUCGAAGCAGCAAGAGACGAGCUGUGUAAAUUACUGCUCGAAUAUUAUAAACCCUAUGCUAAAUGUUACGAGGAAUCUACAGAACCAAGUGAAUGAUUUUAAACAUCAAACGAAAUGUUUGUCGCAGUUCGAGAACACGAAUAAGCUGAUGGAGGAGAAAUUUGCUUCGCUGGAUAAAAAGAUUGAACAGAAAUUAAAAGACUUGAGCACUGCAAGUGAUCAAAUUAUGCAACAAAUAAAAUUACAGGAUAAACAAGUCGAGCAACAGUUGCAACAUCUUCAUAAAGCGGAUGAAGUUAAGAAGCCAAUACCUGGACCACCUUAUCAGCAGAUUGGAUCGAAGUAUUAUUAUAUUGAAGAAUCUGAAGAAGUUAAUUGGUUUGUUGCAGUCAACAAAUGUUUUAUCCUAGGUGGCAGUUUAAUUAGUAUCGAAAACCAGGAUGAAUUCAAUGCAAUCAAGGAGAAAUUGCAGACUGAUAAAGAUUAUUGGAUUGGAAUUAGCGAUUUAGCUAAAGAGGGGAAAUACGUUUCGGUUGUCAAGGGUGACGAAGAGGGUUAUUUAAAUUGGCAUGAUGGUGAACCUUAUAAUUAUGCAUCGAGAGAGCACUGCGUUGAAUUAAGAUUCAAAGAUAAUAAGCAUCUAAUGAAUGUUGAGAAUUGUGAUACAAAACAAUUGUUUAUUUGCGAGAAGACGCUAAUGAUGUAAGAUUUAAAAAUAUAUAAACUUUAUUCAUUUCUAUGCCAAAUAAAUAAAGAAGUAUAU